AUGCGCUCUUUCGUCCUCGCUUCUCUAGCCGGCCUCGCCAUUGCUGCUCCUGCUGCCAUGCCCCAAGACUCCCUUGAUUGGGACAUCAUUGAUGCAGCNCCCGAACCCAGUGCCACUGGUGCCCCUAUGGGUGUUGUUUCUACUUCAUCCAGCCUCGACAUCACUGCUAUCAACGCUGCUGCCACCAGUGCCGCCUCUUCCGCCUUCGCUCAAGCCCUCGCUGACCCUGUCACCACCACCGGCCUUACUUCCGCUGCUGCUGCCACUUCUACCGUUGCAGACUCCGCAGCCGAGACUGGCUCUUCUCUCAACAAGCGUGACGGUACCUGCGCCAACCAGCCCAAUGGUUCCGGUCCUAAGACGACUCCCGAUACUGCUUCUGACUUCCUGGCCAACCCCGUCUACAACAGCACCGCAAUUGCUGCCGGCACUCCUAAUGGUUACGCCCUGGCCUUCGGUCCCAACCAGGGAGCCACAUCCGCCAGUGUUUAUCUCGGAUACUACACUCUGACUUCUUACGACCCUUACCAGUGCCAGCAGUACUGCGACAAAGCUACCAACUGCUACGCUUUCAACAUCUAUUACGAGCGUGAUCCUACUCAAGACCCCAAUGCCGUCAAUUGCCCCAACCCUGCAUCGACUGUCAACAUUAAGAUUGACGCCACUACUGCUACCAACGACGGACAGUGGCGUGAUAGCUUCCAGGUUGUUGUAGCCGGCUCCAUGGGUUUCAACAAGCUUGCCCCUCCUCCUGCUUGCAACUCUUUCAACGCUCCCACCGAACUUGCAGGAGCCAUUCAGGCUCCCAGCGGGUACAUGGGCUCACGAUACUUCCCCGGCCCCUAUGACCCUAGUCAAUGUGCAAAUGCUUGUCUCGGUACCAACGUUUACUCCCACAAGCACCCCCGCAAGGAUGGAACCUACGACCCAUGCAACUUCUACAAUUCCUAUGUCCUGAGCAAGAACGGAGCUCCUCAGGGCACUUACUGCAGCAUGUACACCUCCACCUGGGGCAAGAGUGUUUCUACCAACUAUGGUCAGUACAGAGGUUCUGACCGCUACACUGUCAGCCAGAGCUAUGGUUGGACCUUGACCACUCAGGAUCCCGGCAACGUCGCCUCUCUCUAA